AUGACGUCACUGGCUCGUUCCACGCCUCCUGCGUGCGAACGAACGAACGAGCGAGAGAGGAAGGACGGCUCGCGGCAAAGCAACAAGGAGGAAGAGCAAUGGCGACAUUGGCUCGCCUCAUCCCAAGUCCGGAUAGCUUCCUCAGCGAGCCUUGGUCUUCGUUCGUCGGUUCGGCUCAACUACGUCUCGUUGACGAAUCGCUUUUGGAGAAGUGUCACGGAGAGUUUUGCGGUGUCAAUGAAGAAGGGAUCCUCCGCUGCCGCCGUCUGUUUCCAGUGCUGGAGGACUUUCAUCUCGUUGUCUGCCAUGUCUGCAAUCAGGUGCUCACCCCUCAGGGCUUCCUCACACACUACGUCGGGGUUUAGCGUCCCAGUGAGACAGAGAGCGAGAAUCCUGGACCGCAUCCUCCCUCCGUCCCCUCGCCACUUUACCCCCACUCAAGACAUGCAUAGCAAGAACCAGAAGCGCCACGGCUCUUCGGUCCCCUCGAGGAGCUCGCUGGUCCUCAUGAAGGCCAAGGCGCCCGCCGUGGUCGGCGGUCCCGGGGACGCCAUGGCCUUUCGGAUCCCCAAAGACUAUCCUCACUCGCGCUUCAGCAAAGCGCCGCUCGCCGUCUACCCUCCGAAGGGGGCUCGGAGCAAGCCAUGUGUGUCUCUUCCAGUGGUGAGCUUGGAGAAGAUGCCGUGCCUCAGCCGAGCAAACUCCGCCUCGCAAGUCCGCCUCUCGGCCCUGUCGUCUUCGCCCUCCUCGUCCCCCCUCAAGCACCCGCCGCUCCCUCCCGCCGCCUUCCCCGGCGAGAAGCUCCCCAACGGUCGCGGCAACAGCGGGCCGUCCACGCCGCGCUCGUCGCCGUCGUCCCUGGACGGACGCCCCAGCCCGGCGCGCUCCCCGCUGGACAGGCGGCCGUCGCCCUCGCCGUCCCCCUCCCCGGCUCCCUCGCCCGCUCACCGGACGGCCCCUCAUCUGACAUCACCGUCGCCGUCUGAGAAAAAGAAUCCAAAUGGCACCAAAGCUUCUUCCAGGUCACACAACAGACUCUCAGGAAGAAUAUUUGACCCAGAUAAGCACUGUGGCGUUCAGGACCCGGAGACCAAACAGCCGUGCACGCGCUCCCUCACCUGCAAGACUCACUCCUUAACCCACCGCCGAGCCGUGCCCGGCCGGAGGAAACAUUUCGAUGUCCUCCUGGCCGAACACAGAGGCAGGACCAAGGAGAAGGAGGGAGCGAAGGAGAAGGAGAAGGACAAGGACGGCUGCAGCCCGAGCUCUUCCUCGCAAGACGCCGUCUGUCUCGGCAAGCCUCCCUGCCCCAACGGCCGCCCGCUGUCCACGCUCAAGUUAAAGCUGGCAAACGCGCACAUACCCAGGGUUCCAGGCAUGGCCCCCUCCAUGCCUCAGCCUCCAGCACCCGCACCCUUCCCUACCCCACCGCCUUUCCCCACCCCUCCCUCCAACACGGAACUCCCAAACCAGCCCCGGACGACGCCAACGACAAUGGCGGCGGCGGGCGGUGAUAGCGAGCGGCUCUCCAGCGACGAAUGCGACAACGCACAGACUCCCGACGAUCCUCACAGACCCGGCUUCCACUUCACUCACCACCACCCUCAGCCUUUAGGGUUUUGCAUAUUCAGCAGCAGGCUCAUGGGACGAGGCCACUACGUCUUUGAUAGGCGGUGGGACCGGAUGAGGGCGGCGCUCCAGAACAUGGUGGAGAAGCACCUCAACGCACAAAUGUGGAGAAAGGUUCCUCUUGCUGCUGAGAGCCUGCACUCCCUCUCACACUCUGGCGCUCCCAGGCAAGCCCCGCCUUCCUCUCCCACGUCGGACGCCUGUCCUCCGUUAACCGCCCGGUCCGGUUCCCUCCCCUGCGCUCCCUCCUUCCCUCCCCUCGCAUCGUCACCUGGAGGUGUGAUUUUGAGAGAUCCCCCUCAGCCAAUUCCAACUCUGAGCGCAUCACGUCACGGUGCGCACAGAGCCAGUCGCCCCACCAAAGAGCGAGAGGACUCUACGGCGGAAGCUAAGAGAAAAAACUCUUUGUACUCCUGCUCCUUCCGGAACGGGACCGGCUCGGACGCGGCGGCGAGGAAAAAGGGACACCGCGGUCAAGCGGGGAACGGCAUUUGGAGCUACAGCGCCCACUGGUUCACCAAAGCUGGCCAAAGUUCACAUCACAGCGAUCUUGGCAACCCCAAUAUAUCCUACUCGUCCAGCAGGGAGUUGGCAGCCGCCCCCUCCUCCGGAACGUUGAAUUACGGGCAAAAAGCAGAGGGGAGGAAGAGGAAGAGCGCCGGCCCGCACGAAGGAAAGAGCGGCAACAAGCUGAGCAGGCUGGGAGGUGCGGACGGCUUCUUUGGGAACGACGGCGAGUCCCAAAGACAGGCCAAGAUGCAUCACUGACACCUGUUUGGUAGAAUGUCGGGCAAUGACGCUCAUCACCCCCCCUCCCCACCCCCCAAUUGACAGACCCAGACCGUCUCUUAGAGGAACUCUUGGGCCGCACGUUCCGGUCUACUUUUUCACUCUCCCGUCCCGACUUUGGAGCACAGAAAGGAAAACGGAGGCGGCUGAGUCCGAAUCCCGUUUUCUAGUCGUUUUCUUUCUGGUCAGCUAACAAGGAACUACGACCGGACUGGCGCAUCGUUUUUUAUCUUUUUGGUUUUUUUUUUCUGUGACAUUUGCUUGACUUGCAAACUUUUCAGUUGGGUUUUAACCAGCUUCUUCACCCUCCUACCUAUCUUCCUUCACUUUUUUUUUUUUUUUUUUAACUCCCCGUUUUAUAUCAAGCCGCUUUUUACGCAGACUCUCUUCGCAGUCUUUUGUCCCCGUGUGCAUUGUGUCCACCCCGGCGCGACUGUGUUUAAAGUGCUCUUACUGCCCUCGUCCUCGCUCGCAGCAGCUUCCAGCAGUGUCACACUAGGGCCCCUUCGCAUUAAAAAAAUAUAUAUAUAUACAUUUACAUGAGGAAAAAAAAAAGUGAACCAUUGAUGCCGUUCAAUGCGUUGUUAUAUUUCAACAUAGGAGGGAGUGUGAACUACAGCGAACACUUUUGCGCUAAUGUUAACAGAUUUUGUCUUGGAUUUUGUUUUUCUAGGGUGCCACGUGCAGUUUGGAGCUUAAAGGAAUCAUUUUUAAAUGUGGAAAAUGUACAUAUGUUUAUUAUGGCUCUGGUAUUUAUUACGUUCCCUUUUUUUUUUUUGCAGAAGGGAGGAUUUAAAGAAUAUAAUUUCGAUGACAGUGGCCUGGUUUGUCCCCUGAAAUGCAGUUUUGAUUUUUUAAAAACUUUUUUUUUUUAAUCUAAUUUAAGCUUCACUGUAACAGGCGUCACAACAGGUGCUUUUCAAGCAAGGCUUAAGAUGACUUAUCUCCUUUUCCAAGACGCUCGUUGACACUUUUGACAAGUUCAAGUGUCUUAUCGGAAUCGGUGCCCCUUUUUUUCGGCACUAUUCGAGUUUAUGUGCAGUGGAUAGAAAAAGUCUACACCCCCCUCUUUUUUUGCGAUCUAAAAUUGGGAUUAAACCAUCAUUGGGAAGCGGGUGUAACCACAUUCUUUCAUUUAUUCUUACUUCCCCUCAAGAUUUUUGUUUUUUUCAGUGAAGGUCACAUUAAGGGUGGAUGAAGUUGAUUGUUUUUCAUUUUGCAUUCUAUCGCCCAAAAUAAUUUUACAUUCCUGUUUUCAUCACUGGUCUUCCCAAAUAUCCCCCCCCCUUUAAAAAAAAAUUAAAGGGUUUUUUUUUUUUUUGUGUGUGUAAGGAAAAGCCACUGAGUGAAAUGUGUGCAUCGGGUGGCGACUGUGUUGGUCAUGUUAAUUGUCUGGGAGCUUCUCAAUUAAGGUUCAUCCUUUUGUUCAUAGGAACCCCAAAUGUGAGGGCGACGUUGUGACGAUGCAGCUAAAAAUUCACACAAAAAAAAAAAAUCAAAAAUUCGCACUGUUCCUUUUGUUUCAGGAUGCAAAGUGCGGCGAAAGUUGAAUGUCUGCUGACUCGCCUUGGUAUUAAAACGUAUUUGUUUUCACUGCCGUUGGAGCAGACGUUGUCGAAAUGGUUUCAAAAGGGGG